AUGCCUUGCUUCUCCGCCUCCAAUGUGCGUUUUGUCAGCGCCGAGUCGCAGCUGAGGGAGAAAUGUGAGGAGCUGCGUGCGCGGGCCAGGGCGCAGACGGCCGCCUAUCGUCCGCCGGCGGGCGGAUUUCGACCCACCACCCAGAUGGGGGGUGGUGCAACCUUCCGGCGGCCCUUCGAUCAGACGGUGGCCUACGACCAAAAGCAGCUGAAGCGAAAUGAGCGCGACAGGAAGCGCAACCAGGGAUCCAAACACAUCGUGCUGCGACCCAACGAUCUGAGGCGACUGAAGGAGCAGGGCAGGGUGGUGACCGUGCAGGAGAAGCUGCUGGAGAUCGACCAGCAGGAGGAGGAUCACCGCCAGCAGCUGCAGCUGGUUGAGGAGACGAGAAAGCGCUACAAGGCCAUCGAUAAGGCGCGCCAGGCAAUGGCUGGGGAGGACAAGAUCAGCGGCGUGGAGAGCGAGAUACUAGAGGAGCGGGGCUCGGUGCUGAGUCGCGCCUUUCUGGCCAAGCAGGAGCAGGAGGAGGAGGUGAAGCAGAUCAACCGCAUGAUCCUCGAUGCCAAGUGCAAGGCGGUGCGGGAGGCCCAGAUCCAGGAGAAGUAUCUGCUGGCCAAGGCGCUGCGCGAGGACGACGAGCGUCUGGCCCGCAUGGUCAACGAGGAGGCGCGCAAGGCGCUCAGCGCCGAAGACGAACGGGAGCGGCUGGAGAUCGAGAAGCGGGCCAAGUACGCCCAGGAGAUCCGCCAGCAGCUGAGCGAGCGCGAGAAUCGCCGCUACCUGGAGGCCAAGCGGGUGGCCGAGGAGGCCAAGGACAUCCGCAAGGCGACGGAACUGUUGCGCGAGGAGGAGGAGCGCCAGCGCAACUUUGUGCACGUGCGCAAGCAGCGCUUUCGCGAGGAGCUGCAACGGAUCCGCGACAUGUCCAAUGUGUUCAAGACCCUGCUGACGGAGCAGGAGCGCCUGGCCGAGCUGCGGGUGAUGGCCUACAUGCGCGAGAAGCAGGAGAAGGAGCGCCAGCUGAAGGAGCUGAAGCGGCUGGCCAAGAAGGAUUUCGAGCGCCGACAGCAGCGCAUCUUCACGGUGGCCGCCGAGGCCAUGGAGACGCGCCACACCAACGAGGAGCUAAAGUAUUUGAAGGAGCGCGACCGUGUGGAGCGUGAGUACCGGCAGCGGGAGAAGGACGCGGCCAUGGCCAAGCGGGAGAAGGAGCGCGACCUGCUCGAGUCGCGCGCUCAGCAGGCGCAGAAGAUGAAGCACCGCCUGGCGCUGGAGAUCGCCCACGCCGAGGAGGAGUUCAACAAGGUGAUGGAGCGCAUGCGCGACGAGGAGGACAAACAGAAGGCGCUCGAUCGUCAGCGCGACUCGCAGCGUCUGGUCUACCGCAAGGAUCUCAGGCAGCAGAUGACCGACAAGGCGGAGGAGCGCCGUCGCCUGGCCAAAAUCGAGGCGGAUCGCGUCCAAAAAUGGCUGCAGCAGGAGCAGCAGCGCGACGCCAACAUAAAGCAGGUGAUCAGCUGCAAGAUUGCGGCCAUGCGGGAGAACUGCCUGCCCGAGAAGUACUUGAAGGAGGUGGAGAAGCAGCUGAAGAACAUCCAAGGCUCGCGCAAUCGAAUACGCUGAGGCGGGCUGCGAGGUUGCAUAGCUUCGGGCGCUGGCUGUGAGCGGUAGUGGGCUUCCAACCGGGUGCCCGAGAGUAUGCUGGAACGUAGGUUAAG